AUGACUGGAGGAAAGAAGGAGGGCUCAACCAAUCCGUCAGCUGUCCGAAUUCGUGACAACCAACGACGGUCCCGUGCACGGCACAAGGAGUACGUCGAGGGUUUGCAGAAGAAGCUUCAAGACUAUGAGCGUCGGGGUGUAGAGGCCACAUUGGAGAUGCAGCAGGCAGCCCGGAGCGUUGCUGUCGAAAACUCUCGCCUGAAAAUUCUGCUGGGUUAUCAUGGUAUCACUAAUGAUGAUGUCGAAAAGUUCCUGCAAAGCUUCCCUGAUCAGUCAGUUUCCGAUGCCGCAAAGGCAGCCAUCUCACAGUCAACCGCCGGUCAACCACCCAUCGCCCUCGCACCCAAGGUGCCUCUUCAGCCUCUGUCAAGAGCGCCGUCAGAUCCUCCGAGGACGUUACCGCCGCCGCAAAUCCAACAAGAGACCAGUACAAGUACUCGAGAUGUUGUGGACGCAGUUGUAGGGAUCAAGAGAGACUCUCGAAAAGCUGGAUUAGACGGCAGACCAAAGCUUCCCCUGCCGAUAGAACAGCGACAACCACUUUUGCAACCUCGCCCUCAACUACCCAUACUGCCAGCACUGCCAUCUCUUGUACUUGGCCAGGGCAGACCAGAACCCCCUCCUCUCGAUAAAUUGUCGGUCCUUGCGACAGCCAGCUCUCCGUGUUCCAAGUCCUUCGAUAACAGGGCAAAGCUCGCCGGCAUCUUCACAUACAACCCCCACGAGCCGUUUAAGUUCAACGUCACCGUGAAGAUACGAGUGCGGAUGGGGUUCGAGUCCUUAUUCUCGUAA